AUGCGCAUGCGCAGUUUAAUCAAAACAAGGAAACUACAGAACAAAGACAUUUUAUAAUUCUUGCAGGUCUUUAAAUUUGUCGGAGACACAAAAAUCAGAAAUAAAGAUCAUGAUAUAAAAGAUUUUUUUAAUAUCAAAAAGCGCUUCUCGAACAAGGGACCCCAGGAAAGAUAAGGUUUUCCAGUUUACGUUGAAUGUCGUUGUGAAGUCGUUUAUGAUAAACGGCAAAAAGAGGUUUUCGAGGCAGGCAACGAUAUUGAUGUUAUCCAGAGCUGUUUGCUGAUCCAAUCCAAGUCUUGAGAAUUGUGCGCCAAAUUAAAGUGAAACGAAAACCAGUUGUUAUUAGAAAUUCAUAUGAGCGAAUUAUGCGAGUGACGAACCCAGAUGUUUUUGGCUCUCGCGGGAAGAGAGUAACAAAGUAUAAAACUUGAAUUCUACCUUGUUAAUGUUUUGGUUAUAAGAACGCUAUUUGCCUUUGCCCGUUCCGGAAGUUAACUGCAGCGAUGCUAAAAAUAAUUGAAAUCUGCGCGUGCUCGAAAAAGAAAACAAUGAUUUUUUUCCUAUCGCGCAAAGGUGACGAAUAUGACUAACCGUUAAAUGGUCAAUAGCCAAGUAUUACAGGAUUCGUUAGCCGAAAUCUGCAUGCAAUGUCUGCUAGACGAGCCCAAGUCAACAAGAAAGUCAGAAGCUUUAAGAAGAUCAAAGUAUUCCAUGAGCCCCGCGAACUGAGCUCCCAAGAUGCACUAAACGCCGCUCUCCUGCGCGCAGUGCACUCUGGGGACCCCCUGCGCGUGCGCAGUUGCUUAUCACGUGGCGCGCAAGUGGAAUGCGUGGACUCGCAAGGGCAUACUCCUCUAUUACUCGCCCUUUCGCCCAACCAUGGCGACAGUGUGUCCGACAUCGUCAGUCUUCUUUGCUCGUCUGGGGCAGAUGUGAACUACACUAGCGGUACAUUUUACGGGGAUACUCCGUUGCAUUUCGCGUGUGCGCGGGGCGAGAGCGCGAUAGUAAGAGUUUUGCUGCUUUUUGGUGCGGACAUACAUGCUCGGAACUUUGCGGGAUACUCUCCGCUGCACGUGGCCGCUUUGCAUGGCAACGCUGAGAGUAUACGGAUAUUGAUUCUACAUGGUGCAGAUCUACACGCGACCGAACUGUAUUGUGGUUACACAGCCCUGCAUCUUGCGGCUAAGGGUUGCCAUAACGAUGCUGUCAGACUUCUCGUCGAGUGUGGAGCGAGCGUGGAUUGUCUGGAUUUCACAGGUUUUAGUGUGAUACGCAGAUGCCAGUCGUUACAAAUCAAAGAAAUUUUCAAAGAACUUAAUCGCAAGCCAAAGCGCUUAGAGGACCUAUGUGGUUGGUCGUCAGGGAUACUGUGCGUAAGAACCGCGGGCUCACGGGUUAUGAGUCACUUCCGCUUCCGAUUCAACUUGUUCGAUCAAAAAUUGAGCUUGAGAGUUUUUAAAGAUACUAUAUCUGUAUACAGAAUUUUUCUUUUUAAAAUAUACCAUAUGAUUUUAUUCAUUUAUUGUGUAGUAUUUCUUAAUUUAUAUAAAAAGCUGGAGGAUGAUUAACCGUAUAGCGUCAAACUACCAGUGUCUAGGCCUCGCUUCCGGUAAAAGACCUCAAUCCAUAAGAAGAUGGCAGCGAUCACCGUUAUACCGCGUACCAGAUAUGCACUUAACACUGCAAUCUUUUGCUAAAAGAUUUUAUGGUUUAUAUCCACAAAUAUAUAGACGGACACU